AUGUCUUCAUCUCAGGCUGAUAUUGUUGACUGCACCGACAGUGUAGAUUUCCGCGACAAUGUUAUUGUUAUGGAAGUCGACAAUCUCCUAGUAGGAUGCUUGUAUGAAACAUGGAAGAAGUCACCCGAUGCGCAGUACACUGAACACGGAACCUUUCCUUUCCUCGAGAAUGCAAAUGGCGAGCCAGUUGAAAAGUCCGAGGUAACUUGCAUUACAAAGAGUUUGCGAAGCUGCUGGGCCGCCUUAAAGCAAGAGAACCGAGCUCCCGAUACCUGGGGCAAGGCCGGAAACAAGAUCCUUGACGAAGUUGCGGAGGAGAUGGCACGUUUGCACCCUAUUCUUGCCUUAUGCGAAAAUGGAUGGAAGGUACAUGCGAUUGCGACGGAGCGGUAUCCCUCAUGGACAGCUACACACCUGGACAAAAAAAAAAGGAAGGUCCACAACACGGGGUUCGACGAUCGUGACACAUCAAAACGGCGGAAAGUAUCUGGGUCUGUCGAGCCUGAGUCUGAUGCAUCGAAGUCUCGAAUCACUGGCGACAAGUCUAUUAGUACCCUCCCCGAGUGCGAGGUGAAACAGGACACACCCCCGAAAGACGUUUCCACGACUUCUGUCCUCAAUUUUCAGAAAAGCGAUAUCGACACUUCCGGGCAGGAGCAACACAACUCUCCAGAAGCUUCAUCCCACGCAAACACAGCAGAUACAACCCCUCAAGACUGUUUUGAUUAUAGCAACGACACCGUCGACACGAGCACUUGUAUUACCGAGGACACAGAGAUGCCUGUAGAAGUAACAGUUGCAGCCAUAGCCUCCUUCCCUGUUAUCAAGAACCCUCUUGCGAAGCUUGCCGGCCGAAAACGCGAAUCUACUGUCCCCGAUCCUGUGGUGACUCCAUCCAACGUGCCGACCCCACUGUCCACACCCACGCUGCCAUCCAAUGAUAUGCCCGCACCCCCUGCAUCAGCUACUGUCGAGUCGGCAAACGUUAAAAAAUUUCGACCUGGUACGUCGAAGAAUGGAAGGUCACUCUGCGCACACCGGUGGUUGAAGCAGGUCGCUCCAAAUGGCUCGUCAGCCAAUUUCAGGAUUUACUGGUCCGGAUUGACGAAAGAGAAGCAGCUGGUAGGCUUAUGA